AUGGUGUUGUUACCUCGUAAAAGUACCAAUAAAUUACAUGCAAGAGAAAUAGUGUGUGAAGGAUCCAGAUCAGACAUAGAAGGCUACAAAUUUUCAUAUGUACGGUAUAUAUGUGUGACUAUUUGUUGCGUUCUAACGGCUGGACUUCUACGGUUACUGUUUCACUGGUUUCCUCAGUGGAUGCUUUGGUGUACCCACAAAACCUGUAGCCUUAAAGAGGCGGAUAAGGUCAUGAUAAAGGAUAUUUCUGGUAUCCAUAUUCAUAAAGUUCAUUACCCUUCGAAGAAGUCAAGGCCACAGUGUGAUAGUUCAACAACGGAUGCUUUUUUCGAGAACCAGACAAAACACCCGUACAUCAUGCACAAAAAGUUAAAGUAUAUCUGGAACUUUGAGUCCGAAAAAUUUGAGCCAUUAGAAUACUGGGAUAAGCGUCUUUGCCAUGAAGUAUUAAAUGCACAAGCCUUAACUACUGAUCGAAUCGAAACCCGUCGAAGCUUGUAUGGAAUUAAUAAGAUAGAUAUUAGCCUUACACCCAUUAUCAAGCUUGUUUUAAAUGGAUGUCUAACUCCUUUUCACUGCUUUCAAGUAUUCAGUUGCGUCAUAUGGUAUUGCGUCGAAUAUGAAAUAUAUGCGACAUGUAUUGUUGUGUUUUCGGUUGUAUCGCUUAUUUUUCAGGUUUACGAGCUCCGUAAGAAUGAACGCGCUCUAAAGAGAACUGUAUGCGUUUCAUCUAAAGUUGGUGUGUGCAGACGUUAUGACGGAAAGGAUGAUUUCAUGCUUGUCGAUUCAACCGAAUUGGUACCAGGAGAUUUAAUUGCCAUUCCGAGUAGUGGAUGUUUGAUGCAAUGUGAUGCAGUAUUACUGACGGGGAACUGUAUCGUGAAUGAAAGUAGCUUAACAGGUGAAAGUCUUCCGAUUACAAAAAUCCCACUGCCCAAUGGACAAUAUGAAAAUACCACAUUUGAUUUUCGUUCAUGCCCACGACAUAUUCUCUUCAGUGGCACAUCUGUCAUUCAGACACGUGGUGAUAUAAAUAAGCGUGUUUUGGCUGUAGUUAUCCGAACGGGAUUUAUGACCACUAAAGGAGAACUUGUGCGGUCUAUCAUGUUUCCGAAACCUAUGAAAUUUAAAUUUACUCAGGAUGUUUAUCAGUUUUUGGGAGCUCUUUGUGGAGUGGCACUUGUUAGUCUAUGUGUCACUAUUUAUCUCAUGUAUUGGAAUAAGAAGGAGUUGUACUAUAUUAUUUUGAGACCUUUGGACAUAGUAACAAUUGUGAUACCACCUGUUCUGCCAGUGGCGAUGAGUGUUGGAAUCGUUUUCGCUCAACGGCGACUUCGUAAUCACGGUAUUUAUUGUAUAAAUCCAAACGUUAUUAAUGUUUGUGGUGUGAUUAAUCUCACCUGUUUUGAUAAGACUGGUACUCUCACUGAAGAUGGGUUGGAUUUGUGGGGUGUCGUCCCAAACAGAGAUGGAGUUCUUGAAAAGCCUGAAUUCGAACCAUCAAAGUUAGGUUAUGGACCUUUGAUUGAAUGCAUGGCUACUUGUCAUUCACUGACUCGGAUUGAUGGCGUCUUAUCGGGUGACCCCUUGGAUGUGAAAAUGUUCCAGUCUACCAAAUGGGAGUUUAUCGAAGUUACUUCGGAAGAUCAACAUAAUUUUGAUUUAGUUAUAUCGGCAAUAGUACGUCCCAAGGAGGAUGAAUGUGGUGAUACAUUUAAAAAGAUACCAUAUGAGAUCGGUAUAGUACGUCAGUUUCCUUUCAGUUCGUCCGUACAACGGAUGUCUGUGAUAACACGUACUUUAAAUGAAUCUCAAUUUCAUAUAUAUACAAAGGGCGCUCCCGAGACAAUCGAAGUUUUGUGUCGACGUGAUACAAUACCUACUAAUUUCCACUCAAAUUUGUUGGAAUUCACUCGAGAAGGCUUUCGCGUUCUGGCAUUGGCUUGGCGACCUAUCAAGGCAUCAUAUUUACGUAUUAUGCGCAUAUCGCGUGACCGAGUUGAGCAUAAUCUUUUGUUCCUGGGACUACUGGUGAUGGAAAAUCGACUGAAACCUGAGUCUGGUCCGGUUAUUAAAACUCUACGCCAAGCGAAUAUACGACCGGUUAUGGUAACAGGUGAUCAUAUGCUUACCUCUCUUUCUGUGGCACGAGACUGCGAAAUGAUUGAUGAACUAGAUCGAGUUGUCAUCGUGACAGCUCGUCCACCACCUUGUCCUGUUAAUGAUUUUGAUUCAGAUUUGUUAAAUAAAAGUCAACCAAUCCCUGUACCAAAUAUUGGAUUUUUCACCGAAAAGAAUCCAAAGAUCAUUCAGGAUGCUACCAAUAAAGGAAAUAAUAAAAAUUUCUCAGAUGGUCUUAUCAAUUCCCUUGUUCAGUUUCACUAUGCAGAAGACUUAAACAGACGGGUUACUGAAGUCGCGACAACUAACAUUCAACUGAAGCGAAAUCUAACCAAAACUGGCAACAGAGAGACAUCGAAACAGUCAUUUUCCAAGCGAUUGAAAACAAGAUUUAAUUUUGGUCGAUUACAAAGUCCCUCAAAAGCUUUUAUUGGAUCAUUAACAGUAGGUGAUGUGAUGAACAAUAUUGAUUCUAAGGACAUAGAAAACCGUGCAGAUUUCGAGAAAGGUUUGUACAAAAGUUCCGCUGAAAACCGCCAUUUUCUAUCCAUUCAAAUGAUUGAUCGACCUGAUUUUCACCUGGCAGUGUCAGGCAAGACAUGGUCCGUUAUUCAGGAGCACUAUCCUUGGCUGAUACCCAAACUGGUUGUGAAAGGUACAGUGUUUGCUCGCUUUUCUCCAGAACAAAAAGCACAAGUGGUUGAAGCUCUUCAGUCAGUUGGUUAUUUUGUUUCUAUGUGUGGAGAUGGUGCAAAUGAUUGUGGAGCUUUAAAAGUAGCUCAUGCUGGGAUUUCUUUAAGCGAAGCAGAAGCAAGUAUUGCUAGUCCUUUUACAUCAAAGAAACAAAAUAUAAGCUGUGUACCCAUGCUUAUAAGAGAGGGUCGUUGUGCUCUGGUAACAAGCUUCGGAAUGUUCAAAUUUAUGGCUGGUUACUCCCUCAUUCAAUCGUUUUCCAUAAUGUUACUUUUUGUGGUCGGUAGCAAUUUUUCUCAGUGGCAAUACUUACAUUGUGAUUUCGUCAUAAUUACAACGUUAGGUUUAACAUUUGGAUAUACACAUGCUUAUCUACAUCUUUCUGCUGAACCACCUACAAUGAGACUUUUGAGCAUGGUAACAAUGAGUUCAUUAUUUGGUCAAGUGAUAUUUAAUUUUGUUAUUCAGACAGCUGCAUUCAUAUUGAUUCGCCUUCAAUCUUGGUAUAUGCCGUUAUAUUCGUACUCUAAUAUAUCCGAAUAUCGUACCUAUGAAAGUACAUCAGUAUUUAUAGUCUCCACCUACCAAUAUAUAAUUUUGGCCAUUGCCUUUUCAAAAGGAGCACCAUAUCGUAAAUCAAUUUUAACUAAUUAUGCAUUCGUGCUGAAUAUUUUGGUGUGUUUUGCGUUGAGUCUUUACUUGACAACUUAUCCAGCUAAUUGGAUAGUUGAACUUUUACAAUUAGUCCGAAUUCCUUCAAUUUGGUUCAUACUGAUUUUACACUCCAUGGUUUUGGCAAAUUUUAUGGCUAGUUAUAUUGUUGAAUCAAUUGUUGAUGGAGUCUCUUUUCGACGUCGUAUACGUCGCAUUCGUCGAGCACUAUUUCCAAGACGUGUGGAACGCAAAGCUUAUGAGCAAAUUCGAGAAGAAAUUGAGAUGUCAGCUGGCGUUUGGCCUCCCCUAUUAAGAUAUGCCAGUCUACAAGCGUUACCACGGCAUUUGUUUGGAGAUGAUGAUGUAGAUUUGCCUGAUUGUCCUGGAAGUAGACGGUUGUCUUCUGCAGUAUCCAGCGACACAGAUGUGGAUGUUGCUUCUCUUCCAAGUGAAGUAACUGACAGACGACAGCUUCUCUUUAGCAGUACAGACGGUGAUAUCGGUCUGCAGAAACAUGUCAGUAAACCCUCUUCUAAUCAAAUGAGUGUAAAUCAAAAUCAAAAUCAAAAUUUCACUCUUGGUGGUUCUUUAACGAAACUCAAUCUUUCAGUGGACUCACUACAGCAUCACACUGUUUACGAUCCAGAUGUAUUUGAUCAUUCUUCAGUGCCAAGUACACCUUCAGCUUUAGAGGUUCCUGUUAUCGAAAGCAUGAGUUCACAUUUGAGAAAUGAGGGUGAAGAAAAUCGUGAAUAA